CAUUGCCCCGAAGGCCGAGGCCUGCAGCACCGUCAUCGCGGCCAUCUGCGCAAACUCACGGCACUUUAUUUGUCCUUCCUUCCGGCGCCAUGUCCCGCUUCGUGUCUGGAGGCACCAUCGACCAACCGGUGGAGAGGGAUGACGAAUGGCUGAAGGCGCAGCAAGAGAUUGAAGCAAACCGCCGCAAGAAGGAGGAGGAGAGCCGUCAGGAGAACGGCAAGAGUCUGUACGAGGUUCUCCAGGAAAACAAAGCCAAGAAGCAGGAAGCUUUCGAGGAGUCAAUCCGCCUCAAAAAUCAAUUCAGAGCGCUCGAUGAAGACGAGGUCGACUUCCUCGAUUCCGUCCUGGAGUCGACCCGCGCAAAGGAAGAUGCUGUGAAGAAAGAAACUUCCGAGCAGCUCGACGCGUUCCGCAAGCACCAGGAAGAAGUCGAGAGAGCGGCGCGCUUGACUGAAGGCAACGACGGCAGUCCGCCUGACGAGGAAGAGCAAUGGGCUUCGGCUGGCAGAAAGCGCAAGAAGGGCAAAGAGCCCUUCAAAGGCCUUAAGCUGCGCAAAGCGUCGAGUACAGACAAGCCUAUCUCCCCGGAAAACCACGGCCCUACUAAGGCCCCCGAUGACAAGAAGAACGAGGAGCUAGCAGAAAGCUCCAAGACCUCCAAGUCAGAUCCUUCGUCCAACCAUCAAGCCGGGAAGGAACCCCCAUCACCAAAGCCCGCAAUGGAAACGAGUACCGCACCUGCUAAAGAAGAAGCUCCUCCCAAUAAGCCGAAGCCGAGCAGUGCUACCCUCCGACUUACUGGUUAUUCGUCCGAUGAAGACGAUUGAUCAGCUCUGGUUAGCAUGACAUAAAACCGCCACGAGCUUUUGCAGAGGAUUAGACCAUCAAAAGCAAUGGACAGGGACCGGCUGAGGAAUCUCUCGUCUUGGCCCAGGGGCAUAUUAGCAGAGAGGC